GGUUGGGAGCGGAAUAAGCUCUACUGCAGUGAAAGAUCACGUUUUCACAGCACGACAGGCAAGCUGUUUUUCUUACAAUGCUCCUUUAUCUGGGAACACGGUUUUCCUGAGCUUCACAAGGAGAUGUGCAUGAUGAAAUGGAAUUUUUGCGCACAAUAAACCAUAUGUUUGGCUACCAUAUGGACACAAACACCCGCAUUUGGAUGUAAUAGUGUCUUGGGGAGAAAAAAGCGAUUUUUUCUCUCGUUUCUAGCGGAGGGAACCAAAAGAAAAACAUUUAGCUUUUCCCAAUUUAUUUUACAGCUGAUAUAUCUAUAAUAGACGGCAUUAUGGCAGCUACAAAUGACAAUGAUUUGAUGUCGGCGGCGAAGAGUAUACCUGGACGAGUCAAGAAUUAUGCCUCCAGGCUGACCCGACGGAAGUUUGUAGACGCCGACGUCUUGGAAACCAACCUUCGACGUUGCUUAGGCACGGCAGACAUCACCCUGUUGGCCAUAGGCCACAUGAUCGGCUCCGGUGUCUACGUACUGACUGCGACCGUAGCCAAAAACCUUGCCGGGCCGGCAAUUGUCAUCGCCUUCCUCUUCAGCGGGUUCGCGUCCUUCCUCGCUGCGCUGUGCUACGCUGAGCUGGGCGUCAGAUACCCGCGCUCCGGCUCUGCCUAUUCCUAUACCUACCUGGCCCUGGGGGAGCUGUGGGCCUUCCUCGUGGGGUGGAACGUGUCCUUAGAGCACGUGAUAGGCGCGGCUGCCAUAUCGCGAGCCUGCAGCGCCUACAUCGAUUCGCUCGCAGGCGGUGCCAUCAGGAAUGGCACGGUGGCACUGGUUGGCACGAUGCCGGCCGGCUUCCUCGUCUCCGAGCAUCUGGACUUCCUGGCGUUCGGGAUCCUGAUUCUGUUCGUGGUGUUCCUAUCCUUCGGGGUGCGGAUGACGUCACACCUCAACAAUGUCUUCUCGGCAGCUAACAUGUUGGUGAUAGUGACCAUCAUCUGUGUUGGAGCCUACUUUUCGGACGUAAAGAACUGGACGAACCCGGAAACUGGUGGCUUCAUGCCAUACGGGUGGUCGGGGGUGCUGGCGGCUUCAGCGUCCUGCUUUUAUGCAUAUGUAGGAUUCGAUUCGAUCGCUUCUUCCGGAGAAGAGGUCCGCGACCCCCAGAAAUCCAUCCCCCGCGCCACCCUGAUAUCCAUGGGCAUAGCGACGGCCACCUACAUCGGAGUGUCUACUGUGCUGACCCUGAUGGUGAACUACAAAGACAUCGCAGACGAUUCCGGGCUUCCAGAGGCACUCGCCGCCCACGGAGCACACUGGGCUAAGGUGGUGGUCAUCGUGGGAGCGGUCAGCGGAAUGGCCACCGGAAUCAUUGGCAGCCUGUUCGCACUAACUCGUGUGAUCUACGUCAUGGCUGACGACGGUCUGCUGUUUGCUUUCUGUUCCAACGUCAACAUCAAAACCAAGAUCCCCCUCGGAGCUAUGUACAUAUUUUCCGCCCUUUCAGCCCUGAUGACUUUGACUUUGGAUAUAAACACUUUGGUGGAAGUCAUGUCCAUAGGCACUCUCUUCGCUUACCUUGUAGUCAGCGCGUCUGUCAUCGUCCUCAGGUACAGACCACCUUCUUCUGUCAAUGCCCUAGGCAGCCAGGAACUGUCUUCCAUCGGCGAGGGCAGCAUAGACAAGUCCCCAGUCGAAGAUGCGGCCGGCCAACUAUACGGAGCAUUCCAUAUGCUGAAGCCCUACCUGAACGCCCCUCCCGGUCGGCUGGUCACACUGUGUGUCCUCCUGUUCGGAGUCUUCACCUUCCUGGUGUGUGGAUUCGUCAAGGGCUGCUACUCCAGCCUGGAAGAAGGUUCUUGGUGGGCCAUCGUGAUACUGCUGAUAUUUCUGACGUGUGACGUCAUGAGCUUACUUCUGAUUGUGAUACAUCAGCAAUCCACGGCGCCCCUGCGCUAUAAGGUCCCACUGGUGCCAUUUUUGCCCGCUCUCAGCAUCGUCGUAAAUGCUGUGCUCAUUGUGAAUCUGAAAGCUGCAACAUGGUUAAGGUUACUCGUCUGGGUAGCCAUCGGCCUUUCCAUGUACUUUUUCUAUGGCGUGGGUCACAGCAAGCUAGAUGCGACCUCUCCGAAGUCUACCUUGUUGAAAGUUGGAUCGCCAGGGCCAACCAGCUGGGGAUCUGUAGAGAGAGAAUCAUCGUUUGAUUCCAUUACGGCCACCAAACCGACAGAGAAGACAAAAUCACAAGUAGCAGCUUCCAUGUCAAGAGAGUUUCUUGUCGACAAUGCUGAUAUUUCUCCAUGAAAAGAAACAAUAAUUUCACAGCAGUUUCACAAAAAAUUAAGCAGUUAUACAAGCUUAAUGUAAAAGCCGCGAGAUGGCAGAAAACAAAGAUUUCUAUUCCUGAUUUUGCUGAGAGAAAAUUGUGAUUUGUAACUCUUCCGCAACAAAAAAAAAAGUCGUUUGUAUCAAAUUAUAUUAUUACAGCUGCAUAGAAAAGAAUGUGUAACUCACAAGCUAUUUUUCAAAAUGACAUAUUAAAAAGAACAUCGAACGCAGUCACUAUUGAUAAUCCCCACCGAUAUUUGUGCAUUCUGUAUUUUGUAUCCAUGCAUCAAAAUUUUGUUCGCAAACAAAGGAUUCAGUUCUUCCGUAAACUAUCCUUGUAUCUCUAUAGA